AUGAAACAGGUGUCCAAGAAUGCCAAAGACGUCAUGAAGAGACUGAAAAAUGAUAUACUCUCAUUCACAAAAAAGAAAGACAGAGUGUUGCAUCUUCAGUCAAACAAUGGACUGUGGGUUGAUCUUACAGAUGACAAUGGAUGUUCUUCUCUACACCUUGCUGUUGAAGACAAAUGUGUUUGUUUAGUUGAAAGCCUUAUUCUGGCUGGUUCAAAUGUUAAUGUUUCAGAAGGAUGUGGGAUUACGCCAGUCAUGAUAGCAGUAAACAAUAACCAACCAGAUAUAGUAAAGAUUCUUGUCAAGUACGGAGCAAGAACAACAGGAACCUUUCAAGGAAAUAUACCAAGUCCUCUUCAGAUAGCAAUGCAAAUUAGAAAUCAUGAGAUCGAUAAUACAAAUUCUGGAAAAUCAGUCAUUAUACGAAACGAAUGCGAUGAAAACAGUGCGCGAGGAACUUGGCUUGUCGAAAGAACUGUCGUCUUCGGUGCAGUCAACAGACGUAAAAUGCAGUGAAGAAAAUGCAUCACUGUCAUCAAGAGGUGAUUUUCGAUCACAUUUUAACCUAACAGUUGGAGAUGUGAAAUCAGCAUCUACUUUGAGAGGUGUUCGCAAUCGUGCACCCGAUGAGUUCGGCUCUUUCAAGGAAGUUCCUGGAGACUUCCAUACACAAGCCUAUGUGAUGGAAUGCCUUUCUCGUAUCAGCGGGCCUAGGGGCUUCUUCUAUACUAUCAGACAAGUACUAGGACGUCUUAAGGUAACGCCAAAAUCAUUUGUUGACAUAUUUAAGGAAGGAAACUACGAAAGGAACAUGGAUGCAUUGAACGACUACUUCUGGGGACUUUGUUUUGCAGCUGUUAUUUCAUUUGUAUCAUCCGAUUUGUUUCCAGACAAUGAAACACUAUCUGAAAUUCAAUCAAGAUGUGGCAACGUGAAUGACGUAUUGCUUGAAAAAUUAAAGUGUACCUAG